UUCUCAGCUGAUUGUGGAGCAGCAGAGAUGCAAGGAGAUCCUAUGCAACAUGGGGCUGAACAGUAGGUCUGGUCCGACACUUUCCUCCGUAAAGAGGGGCGUGACUGAGAAGGACAUCGUCUGUCGGAAACUCAAGGAGCAGCUGGAUGUGCUGGAGAAGGAUACCGUGGCAAAACUGUCGGAGAUGGACCAGUACAACGUGGACAUCAAGGAGCUCCGGGAAAGCCAGACCAAGCAGCAGCAGGUCCUGGACAGACUGCGGCAGGUCAAGGCCGACAAGCUAUGUGACCUGCAGCGGAGGCGAGAACUGGAGUUGGAGAGGAGGAAGAGAGAGGAGGAGGAGGCGGUCAGGCAAGCCAAGCUGGAGAAAGAGCGGCAGUGGCGUGUGAAGUUGGAGCGGGAGGAGGAGGAGCGGCGGAGGAGGAUCCAGGAGGAGCGGGAGGCCAAGCUGAAGGAGGAGGAAGAACGUGAGCGUGAACUCCGGGCCAAACUGCGCGCCGCUCAGGAGCAGGCUGACAAACCAGCAGCCUGACAAACCAGCAGCCUGACAAAGCAGCAGCAGCCUGACAAAGCAGCAGCAGCCUGACAAAGCAGCAGCAGCCUGACAAAGCAGCAGCAGCCUGACAAAGCAGCAGCAGCCUGACAAAGCAGCGGCUGGAGUUUCGGGAGAUAGGACUUGACCUUUGACCCUCACCAUUGGGCUUGCAGGGCUUGAGCUCUGUGGCCUCCAAAAUAGUGACCAGCAGGCGGCCAGUGCCACUGGUUUUCAGGGAACGAGCUGGAAAUGCAUACAGCAAGUGAUGCAUGAGUCGAAAGACCAAGGAACAAUAAAUAAGAUUCAUAAUAAAGAAGUUAAGAUGCAAGGAACUCCCAAGGAAUUGGCAGAAAUAAGAUACAGCAACUGGAAAAAAAAACUGUAGUUAAUGGGGCACUGCAGUCUAUGAUAGGGUUAUCAAGGGUUCAGUAAUGAAGGUCUGCAUAAAUAGACUGUACAGCAACCAAAAGGGAAAGUAGUAGGUUCUUAAACUGCAACGGAUGUGUUCACUGGAAGGACAGGCUGUGUAAAAGAGGGAAACUCAAAUUUAGGAAAAACCAGUGCUCAGCUACAAACUCAGACCAAGAUUUUGUUUUUACAAACCAGUUGAGUAGCCUUUGACUGACUCUCUAUGCUCAACUGGUUGGAAGAAACAAAUUCUUGCUCAUGGGGUUUGUAGGUUCUGGCUGUGAAACGUCCAACAUGGACUAAAACAUGGGGUCAGGGUUCUGAAACACUGAAUAGGGUAAUGAAUAUAUACUGGUGACUUAGAGGAUUUUAUAUUACAGAUACAUAAAUAUACACACACACACAUACAUAUAACUAAAUUAAAUAGGAAAAGGACAAGCAAUUUUGUAGACAGAUGAAUAAAACCAUUACAUAAUCAAACUGGACUGAAGGGUUAUGCUAAGACACUGAAAAGGAUUAAAUGCAAAUAAAA